AUGUCUCCUGUUUCUCAUGCUGCCGGGCUCUCGCUGCUGCAUUUGGGGCUGGGGCUGACCACGGCCGCCACCAACACCAACACUGGCAUCGGAAUCUGCUACACAAUAUUUGACCUUGGCUUCUGUUUUGAUGUACCAUGGUUCCUGAUUGAGACUGCACAGUACUUGUGGUCCAUCCUGAGCAGGGGGCUAGCCAUCUCACUGUCAGUGGUGGGUGCUGCUUGGGGCAUUUACAUUACUGGAUCCAGCAUCCUUGGCAGUGGUGUCAAAGCGCCUAGGAUGGUCAGCAUCAUCUUUUGUGAAGCUGUGGUCUAUGGGAUUAGCAUAGCCAUCGUCAUCACCAACAUGGCUGAGCAAUUUUCUGGCAGAACUCCUAAGGAGAUUGGCUCCCGGAACUACCAUGCAGGUCACUCCAUGUUUGGGGCAGGCUUGACUGUGGACCUGUCCAAUCUCUUUUGUGAUAUAUGUGUGGGCAUUGUGGGAAGUGGUGCAGCAUUGGCAGAUGCCCAGAAUGCCAGCCUCUUUGUCAAGAUCCUCAUUGUGGAAAUCUUUGGCAGUGCCAUCGGACUCUUUGGAGACAUUGUGGCUAUCCUGUCUGCCUGCCAACUGCAGACUCUGUACAUAUUGAUUAUUUGA